UGCAAAAGCACUCCGUUGCGACCUCUUGGCCAUCUGACGUACUUUCCAGGGCUGGUAUAUAUUAAUUCACGUCGUCAGCAGACGUUUAUGAUCCACAGAACAAGUAAAGUACUGUUCCAGUUUGUUCGGCAUCAUGGUCCCCUUUUAUGAUGGACUGGUGCAAAGGACCUUUGUAGUCCAACAAGACUGAGUUUUACUCUCCUCGUCAGAGAUUACAUUUUUUUCUUUUCGCGAAAUGGAAAAUACAAGCAACACUACCUAUUCGGAAAGCCCCCAGGAAAAGGGAAACAAGACUGCGCAAGAAGACUUGGUACUAAGUUAUCAGAUCGUCACUUCUUUGUUUUUGGGAGUUCUAAUACUUUGUUCGAUUGUAGGCAAUGCCUGCGUGAUCGCCGCUAUAGCACUGGAAAGGUCUCUUCAGAAUGUUGCCAACUAUUUGAUAGGGUCCCUAGCUGUCACGGACUUAAUGGUGUCAGUUCUGGUUCUCCCCAUGGCGGCUCUUUAUCAAGUCUUGAACAAGUGGACACUUGGACAGGUAACGUGUGAUAUUUUCAAUUCGUUAGACGUGUUGUGCUGCACAUCAUCUAUUCUUCACUUGUGCGCGAUCGCUUUGGACAGGUACUGGGCAAUCACGGACCCUAUAGACUAUGUAAACAAAAGGACUCCGAGGCGAGCGGCAGUUUUAAUUAGCCUGACUUGGCUCGUAGGCUUUUUAAUAUCAAUUCCUCCGAUGUUGGGCUGGAGAACCCCGGAGGACAGAGCUGACCCUGAUGCUUGCACAAUUAGCAAAGAUCAUGGCUAUACAAUCUAUUCCACAUUCGGGGCUUUUUAUAUCCCCUUGAUAUUAAUGCUGGUCCUCUACGGGAGAAUAUUUAAAGCAGCCAGAUUUCGUAUUCGCAAAACCGUAAAAAAGACGGAGAAAAAGAAGGUGGCAGACACAUGCUUAUCAGUUUCCCCGGUGCCGUUUCAUAAAAAGCAUAACGGCGAGGCAGCCAAAAACUGGAAGCGAAGUGUGGAACCUAAACCAAGCUCUUGUGCCAACGGGGCGAUUAGACACGGAGAAGACGGGGCUGCGCUGGAAAUUAUUGAAGUUCAUCAAAAUAACUCCAAGAAUCACCUGCAUUUGCCCAACACACCGACUGCUCCUUGCUUCGAUAACAAGAAUGAGAAGAAUAUCGAGUCUAAAAGGAAAAUGGCUCUAGCGAGAGAGCGCAAAACAGUUAAGACUUUGGGCAUUAUAAUGGGGACCUUCAUAUUCUGUUGGCUGCCUUUCUUUAUCGUGGCGCUGGUAUUGCCGUUUUGUGAGGAAAGAUGCUACAUGCCAGUCUGGCUCAGCGCGGUGAUCAACUGGCUUGGUUAUUCAAACUCACUGUUGAAUCCUAUCAUCUACGCCUAUUUCAACAAAGAUUUCCAAAGUGCUUUUAAGAAAAUUAUUAAAUGUAAGUUUUGCAGACAAUAGCAAGUGAAGCAUAACACAGACGAACGAACUUAUACUUGUCACUCUUCCUGAACACCUCUAAUACAAUCAUGUAUUAAUGUUGCUUGCAUUUAGAUGUGACAUUUUAUAUUUAAGCGACGGAAUGAAAUUUUAUUUUCUAUUUUUUUAAGGCUGCAUCUCUCUUUUUUUAAGGCUGCGUUUUCUCUUACGUUUAAUUCUUUUUCACCUGAUGAAUUUACUUUAAUCCGGACUGACCUGCAAUGGGAGUUUUAGACUUCCAAACCUUGCUGCGGUAAAACGAAAAAUGACAAGAUAGCAUCCUAUCAAGCUAAAUCAGUUUUAGAAUCGUAGCGAGUCCGAGUCCUUCCACGUAUAACUUGCACAAGGCAAGGACCAACCCUGGAAGGGACGCCAGGACAUCGCAGAGCACAUCACACCAUGGGAAUUGCCGACGUUGCUGAAAUUCAGUUGGAGCAUGCAUAUGGACACAUCGAGGUAUACUGCCCAGCAUUUCCAGUUUAUCUCCACGCAGGUGUAUCAUUUUGUGUGUGCGUGUGUGUGUGGAUUUCUAAAAUGUAAGAAUUUUCGUGGGUCUACGGUUUUGUUAAGUUAACCCUGUGCUUUCAGUUAACCACUUGGGUUCUUCAGUUGUUCUGAUUAAAUAAACCAUCCCAUGACGAAACAGUG